GCACUUACAUCAGAUGUGGCAGGAGUCACUGUGUGCAGUACUCUGAGUAUAACACCAUAGAAACCAAAAGAGUUAGAGGAAGGAAUCAACUUGACAUCAUUUCAAUGGCUGAAACAACAAUGAUGCCUGAGGAAAUUGAGCUGGAGAUGGCAAAGAUCCAGAGACUUCGGGAAGUCUUAGUCAGAAGGGAAUCAGAACUCAGGUUUAUGAUGGAUGACAUCCAGCUGUGCAAAGACAUUAUGAACCUUAAGAAAGAGCUGCAGAGUUUGGUAGCAAUCCCAGAAAAAGAAAAAACAAAGAUGGAGAAACAAAGAGAGGAUGAACUGAUCCAGAAGAUUCAUAGACUGGUACAAAAAAGAGAUUUUCUUGUAGAUGAUGCAGAGGUGGAGAGAUUACGGGAGAAAGAAGAAGACAGAGAGAUGGCUGAGUUCCUUCGCACCAAGUUAAAACCCAUAGACAAAGCAACACAGUCUCCUACCAGCAGCCCAGCAGAAAAGAAGGCAGAGCCUCCUCCAAGCAAGCCCACCAUUGCCAAAGCAGGAUUGGCAAUUAUUAAAGAUUGUUGUGGAGCCACACAAUGCAACAUCAUGUAGCUCUGGGCUUUCUACCCUGUUUGUCUUUUCAGUGUUCUCAUUGAAUGGAACUGUAUGGUGAGGGGAACCAACAGCAUCCUGCUAAUGGAGUCAAG